GGGUAUUAAUUUGAUAAUUAACAGAGCUUACAGCACAAAAAUGCGAGAUGUAGUAAUUGUAAGUGCUGUAAGAACACCCAUGGGUUCGUUUUUGGGUUCACUGUCAUCGGUACCAGCUCCAAAACUUGGUUCAAUUGCUAUUCAGGCGGCUGUUGAGCGUGCACGUGUUACUAAAGACCAAGUCCAAGAAGUUUACAUGGGAAAUGUUUGUCAAGCAGCAUUGGGACAAGCACCAGCUAGACAAGCAACUUUAUUUGCCGGUCUACCAAAGUCGACAAUAUGCACAACGAUAAACAAAGUCUGUGCAAGUGGGAUGAAAAGUGUGAUGCUAGCGGCCCAAGCAUUGCAAUGUGGCCACCAGGAUAUUAUUCUGGCUGGUGGUAUGGAGUCAAUGUCCAACGUUCCUUACUAUUUAAAACGGGGUAAUACUCCCUACGGAGCAGUCACGUUGCAGGACGGUAUUGUACAUGAUGGAUUGACAGACGUUUAUAAUAAAGGGUUCCACAUGGGCAACUGCGCAGAGAAUACAGCUAAGAAAUUUGGAAUCACUCGGCAAGAGCAAGAUGACUUCGCGAUCAGCAGUUACAAGCGCAGUGCAUCCGCCUGGCAAAACAAAGAAUUCCAAGAUGAAAUUGUUCCUGUAAGCGUUCCGACUAAACGCGGGAUGCCUGAUUUAGUCGUCGAAGUGGCUCAAAAGUUAAAUCUCAAACCUUUGGCACGGAUUGCUGGAUUCCAAGAUGCUGCUACUGAUCCCAUUGACUUCCCAAUUGCUCCCGCUUUUGCAAUUCCAAAACUACUCGAAAAGACUGGAGUAAAAAAAGACGAUGUAGCACUAUGGGAAAUAAACGAAGCAUUCAGCGUCGUGGUGGUUGCCAAUCAAAAACAAUUAGGUCUUGAUCCAACUAAAGUAAACGUUCAUGGUGGUGCAGUGUCUCUUGGUCAUCCAAUUGGAAUGUCUGGUGCUAGAAUAAUUGUUCAUUUAGUUCACGCUCUUAAGCAAGGGCAAAAGGGAGUUGCGUCGAUUUGUAACGGUGGAGGCGGCGCAUCGUCUAUUUUAAUUGAAAAAUUGAGCCAUGAAAUUUCGCCGAGCCCAUCGCUACCAAGACUACAGUUAUUCACAAAAAAUCCAUGCCCAUUGUGUGACGUCCUGAAAGCAGAACUAGAGGCCCAGUUCCACGGUUGCUAUGUGCUCGAGCAAGUUGACAUUAGUUCGCCCGGCAAUGAGGGCCUGUUCGAGCUCUAUAGGUAUCAAAUUCCGGUUCUCUUUUUUGAGGGGCAUUAUCUCUGCAAACAUAGAUUGGACGUCGAACUCUUGAGGAAACGUUUCGACUAUUUCUUCCAGCUCCAAAGCCAAAAUCCAGCAUGUUAA